UUUGAAUACAUCAAGAUACUCGGUCUUUGUCACCUUAUGCUCAAGAGGAAGUUCCUUUGAAACGGCUGUUUCAGCGAGACGGUCUUUCUGAAGACACCAGUAAGCAAACAUCUCAAAAAAAACAAGACGAACUGAACUGUCAUCCUAUCAUACUCCUGAGCUGAAAUAUCUGUUUACAGCACUGUACUCUGCUUCCAGUGCAGUAUCUGGUAACUGAAUAAAAAGCGAAAGAUAAGCACUCCUGGAUUAAGACGAGACGCCGUGUGGGCUGUAACAGAGAUGUCAAGGUUGCAGAUUCCUGCGGAACGCUAUGAAUAGAGCGCCGUGGGAAUCUACUGUCUGCCUCCUGUCGGUUUUCUUCGUAUUGACACACGGGCAGAGCGGCUAAAGCGUCACACAGUGAGAGUGAGCUUGACUCAAAAUCCAUAAUGCAACCUGAAGACAACCAGACUGUGGAAAGCUUCAGGCAAGAACGUAGCUACAUCCGACAGAAAAUCUGUGAGUUUACCUGAAGAGGGUUACAUGGGAUGUCCUCGCAGUGUGAGGGAUUUGGGUUUCUUCCUGGAAAGGGUCUUGUGAUCUACCCGGACAUCGGGGACAAGCUGGAUAUCAUCUGUCCCAGCGCCGACCAGGGCCGAGACUACGAGUUCUACAAGCUGUAUCUGGUGAAGAGAGAGCAGGCGGAGAGCUGCAGCACGGUGCUCGACCCCAACGUGCUGGUGAACUGCAACAAGCCUGGGAAGAACAUCAAGUUCACCAUCAAGUUCCAGGAGUUCAGCCCCAACUACAUGGGCCUGGAGUUCAAGAGGAACGUCAACUACUACAUCACCUCAACCUCCAACGGCACGAUCGAGGGCCUGGAGAACCGCGAGGGAGGCGUGUGCAAGAGCCGAGCCAUGAAAGUCAUCAUGAAAGUCGGGCAAGACCCAGACGCAGCGAUCCCGGAGGCGCCGGAAACCCAGGAGGACAACUCAAUACCGGAGACCAGCAGUUCCGGUCCGCCCGACCCGAGUAAGACUGGGCCUGUGAUGCCAGGAAUCCCUGGCCCCAAGAUCCAAGAUGACCCCGGGUCCUCCUCCAGCACCGACGGCUUCUUGAGCUCCAAGGUGGCCGUCUUCUCCUCCAUCGCCAUUGGAUGCAUCAUCUUCCUCGUGCUCAUCCUGCUCCUCGUCAUCCUCCUCAUCAAGAUGCGCAAGCGCUCCAGGAAAAACGCGCACUCGCAGGCCCGCCCGUCGGCGCUGUCACUCAGCACGCUGUCCAACCCCAAGCUGCCCGGCGGCACGGCCGGCACCGAGCCCAGCGACAUCAUCAUCCCCCUGCGGACAGAGAACAACUACUGCCCCCACUACGAGAAGGUGAGCGGGGACUACGGUCACCCGGUCUACAUCGUCCAGGAGAUGCCGCCGCAGAGCCCUGCCAACAUCUACUACAAGGUCUGACGCGCUCCGGGGGAGCCAGCAGCGACGGCCAGGAGAGAGGAGCGCUUGAUUUACGUUCUUGGGAAGAACGAUUUCCUUUGAAUUUUUUUCUGAGGGGGGGGUGGGGAUGUGGGGACUUGAAGCCACCCCUCGCCCCCCUCCUUGUUAUUUGUACCACCUGCUGCACAAAUCUGGAGAAACACGUACUGAGCAGUCACCAGCGGGGGUUGGGAGCUGACUGAUGAGAGACCCUGACCGUCGUCCCUCUCCUCCCUCACCUCCCUCACCUCCCCACCCGUAUGCGUCUCCCCUCCGACCCCAACCACUCCCGGAAAGUCUGGACUGGACCAACAGAUGGACCUCUAGCUUCCCUGUCCCUGCUAACGGACAGGAUAUAACUUAUCUCGGCUCCCCGAAGUACAGCCUGUGCUACACCCAAUUAAACACACCAUCCCAGCACACAGCCGGCCGGGAAGCAGGCAGGCAGGGUGGGGGCGCCGCUGGUGAGCAAGUAAGAAAGGAAAAAAAAAAAACAUCAUUGUGUGUGUACGUGUGCGCCACUGUGCGCGUUUCGUGUGGGGGGGCCCUGCCUCCCCACCAUCCCGCCGUUGCUGGGCCAGGGAAUCUCUCCAGAUAGCUCAGGUAUCUUUACACAGUGUGUGGAAAAACGUGCUCCUCUCCCUUACGCACCUCUGAUGUUUGCCUUACUUACUAUUUUUGAUGGAGGAGAUUUCCUCGAACCCUGAUUAAGUUCACAAAGCAGUUGUAUUUUGUUAGACUUUUCCUACCAGUGCACAAUGUAUAGAGCUAAACCCAUCGUCAUAACGACUCCCAUCCCCUCACCGCCCACGCCAUCUCGCCGCUUUUAAUCUGUUAAGACGGACUUUAACCUGGACUCCUGGCUGUCGAGGUGUGUAUGUAUGCGCACGCGCGUGCGUGUGUGUGUGUGUGUGUUGCGCAUGUGAAAUUCCUCCCCUCCUGCUUGGUUGAAAUGAGUUCCAGCGUUGCUCUGGCAUGUGUGUGUGUGUGUAUUUCAGGGUGUGUCCUCGUUGAGUGCGGUUGGACAUGUCCAGACCGGUUUCUCUAAGAAGUGGGGAGACUUUAUUGGAUUUGAUGUUGAGAUACCGUAUCCUAAGCAUGACAAAUAAAAAAUAGAGGGUGAUGCGCCAACUGACAGACAGACAAGAUCUAACAAACACUCCUGAGUGCUCCAGUUGGCACCGAUCGGAGAUCUUGCCGUCGGAUCGGCUUUCAGACAGACAGGCAGGUUGCUAUUUGUUCGCUUUAUCUCCUGAAGCAUCUAAAAAAAAUUUAGUUUGAGGGGCGUCGGUCAGAUGGCUCUCCCUGAUUGGCUGGCCUACAGAGGUACGAUGCCCCAUAUAUAGGUUUGGAUGGAGAGCCGGAAUACAGUAUCAUCACUUUCCAACUGGCCGCCAUCUGUAGAUGAGUCAGCUUGUGACUAAUGUACGUGCCAUCUUUGUGCCCACUCUCACCAACCGAUUGGGGGAGGGACGGGCGAGGGGGAGAGAAAUUAUUCCCGUGACUUGGCUUUAACCUGAGAGGAUAACAGAGGUGGGAACGGGUGAGGCAGGGCUGGCCGAGGCGCUUUCGUUUUCUCCGGCCUCUCUCACCAGCUGUGCUGUGAAUAAAAAUGCUGUGUGGAAUAUUCAGCGAGGACACUGCGGCCCAGCUAUCACACAGCCCAGGGCGACAGCAUCAAGGCGGGAAUUUACUGCAGCUGCACGUGUGUGGAGUGGUGGGGAGGUAGAUGGUGGGGAAGGCGGGAGGUUUUUGUGUGUGUACACAUAGGUGCUUAUUUGUGCUUAUAUUUGCAGUUUCCACUCUGGAUGUGUGCAAGUUUCAUCUGCUGCUGUGACAGACACCCUUCUUUUUUGGGACUGAGCACCUCCUCUAAUGAAGCAUACAGCACUGCAGUCAAGGCUAAUGAUGUCUGAGAUACGGCAAGCCACUAGUGCCAAAUAUCGGCAAAGAUGUGAAGUUUAGUCAGUUAGGAAAAUCUCUGUGAAAACUUUGUAUUUUACACCAGCAAGUCAUAUUUUGACCACCUCCCUCCUCAUUGAUUUCAUUGCCUGUUUAAGAAAAGCCAAGAAAAACGUUCUAUCAGAUCAUAGAACAUAAUUUUUUUUUUUUUUUUGCCUUUUCAUAAACAGUCGUUGUGCAUCUGCAUGAGACGGACGAAUGAAGUAAAAAACGAAGCACGCUGUAAAGAAGGCAAACUCCUCCCCCGAACAGAAGGCCAUAUUUUACACCAGCAAGUCACAACGUUUUGAACGCCUCCUUCUCAGCACGUACAGUUUGAUCAAGUCAUCAAAACUUUCAUGCCACAUGAACACGGGGAAAAAAAAUACCCCUGUGUCUUGGGAACACCACUUUUUUAGUUGCUCAUCAUCAGGCAUGACUUAAAAAGUGGCUUCCCUGACAACUUUUAAUCAUCCUGACUUUUUAAGCAGCAAUUUUCAUGUACCGAAAAAACAUAAAAUCUUACCAUUUUUGGUCUAGUUUCCAGGGCAAAUGUCUUGGUAUGUUUGAAAUAAGACUAAAUCACAAAUAGCUUUUCAGCGAACAUUAUGGGCUUAAUUUAAGUUAAUACAUAACUUCUUAUCAUUGAUGAAGAAUUACUAGCUUCACUGGCUGAUUAUUUCGCUUAUAACUAGUAUUUUUUCAUAAAUAUUAAGGAAUUAUUGACGUAAAACAGGCCCGUACAUCUUUCUUAAAUGAUGCUUGCGAGUCUGUUUUUGUCCUAUUUCAGGCGCACUAAGACAUUUGCACUAGAAA